UCUGUGCGCUGUAGUCGGUGGUCAGUGCCAGAAACCUAAAAACUACUCGAAAGAAAGGAAAAAUAUGGUCGUACUUCUUAAUUCUUAUCUUUAUCUCUGAACAUAUAAUAUUGGACGCUAUUUGGUUCGACAAGCCCAUUACGAAGACUACAAGCUUACAUACAUAUUUUGAUAUUACCAGAAUGGCCGAAGAUUUCGAUGUAGAGGCAAUGCUCGAAGCUCCAUACAUAAAAUCGGAUACCACAUCCUCUUCAAAACAUCGAUCGGACAAGUAUUCUGAUAAGCACAGAGACAGAGAAAAGGAUGGCAAUCGAAGACGCAGUAGAUCUCGAGAGAAAAGAAGAUCGAGAGAUAGGGAUUCACGACGCUCAAGAGACAGGGAUGAGAGAAAGAAUAAAGAGAAAGAUAGAGAGAGGGAAAAGGACAGAGAUCGGAAAGACCGUGUCAAAGAUCGUAGUGACAGACACAUAAAAGAUAAAGAUCGUGACAAAGAUAAGGAAAGGGAACGUGAUAGAGACAGGGAAAAGAGGCGAAGUAGAGACAAGGAACGUAGUAAAGAGAGAGAACGUAGUAAGGACAGGCACUCGAGACGCGAAAAGAGUCGGGAAGAAGAGCCUAAUAAUGAAUAUCGGUCUAAAUCAAGAGGAAUUGAACCAAAAUUAGAGGAUUUGCCUCCAGAAGAAAGAGAUUUGAGAACUGUUUUCUGUAUGCAGUUGUCUCAGCGGAUAAGAGCUAAAGAUUUAGAAGAAUUCUUUUCAUCUGUUGGUAAAGUUAGAGAUGUUAGACUUAUCACAUGUAACAAAACUAGGAGGUUUAAGGGGAUAGCAUACAUAGAAUUUAAGGAUGCUGAAUCAGUCCCAUUGGCUUUGGGUUUGACGGGACAAAAGUUACUUGGUGUCCCCAUUAUAGUACAACACACACAGGCAGAGAAAAACAGAGUAGGCAAUACUUUGCCCAACCUAGCUCCAAAGACAAGUAAUGGUCCCACUAGACUGUAUGUUGGCUCAUUGCAUUUUAAUAUUACAGAGGAUAUGUUGCGAGGAAUUUUCGAGCCAUUUGGGAAAAUUGAUCACAUCCAGCUUAUGACUGACCCGGAAACAGGGAAAAGUAAGGGUUAUGGUUUUUUGACGUUCCAUCAUGCAACAGAUGCAAAGAAAGCGAUGGAGCAAUUGAAUGGAUUCGAAUUAGCGGGAAGACCAAUGAAAGUAGGAAAUGUAACGGAGCGUACAGACGGGGGCUCCAGUACUCGCUUUGAUGCUGAUGAACUGGACAGAGCUGGUGUCGAUCUCGGGGCAACAGGCCGUCUACAGUUAAUGUUUAAGCUUGCAGAAGGAACUGGAUUACAAAUUCCUCCAGCUGCCGCAUCUGUUUUGAUGGGGAGUGGGUCUAAUAUAGUAGCCCCGCAGCCGCAAGUAGCGCCACCCAUAGCCACACAGUGCUUCAUGCUCAAUAACAUGUUUGAUCCUGCCACAGAAACGAACCCGCAUUGGGACAUCGAGAUCCGCGACGACGUGAUCAGCGAGUGCAACAAGCACGGCGGCGUCCUGCACGUGUACGUGGACAAGGCGUCGCCGCAGGGCAACGUGUACUGCAAGUGCCCCACCAUCGCCACCGCUGUCGCCUCCGUCAACUCGCUGCACGGGCGAUGGUUCGCCGGCCGCGUCAUCACCGCCGCCUACGUGCCGCUCGUCAACUACCACUCCCUCUUCCCCGACGCCAUGACCGCGCUCUCGCUGCUGCUGCCCACGCGCCAGCGGUAACUCGCGAACAUGCCUCCUAUACUAUGUAUUUAGUGGUGUUCAUAAUUAUAGCUAAUAAAAUAUACAUAUUA